CCUCCUCCCUUCCUUCAUCCUCUUCCUCACAUAAGCCAUGUUCUUGACUCGCUCGGAAUACGAUCGUGGUGUAAACACCUUCUCCCCGGAGGGUCGUCUCUUCCAAGUCGAGUAUGCCAUUGAGGCGAUCAAGCUCGGCUCCACAACCGUCGGCGUCCGCACACCCGAAGGAGUAGUCCUCGGCGUCGAGAAACGCGUCCAGUCCCCCCUCCUCGAGUCCUCAUCCAUUGAAAAGAUUAUGGAGAUUGACCGCCACCUCGGCUGCGCCAUGUCCGGCCUCACUGCCGAUGCCCGCACCAUGAUCGACCAUGCACGAGUGACGUCUCAGAACCACGCCUUCACGUACGAUGAGCGUAUCAAGGUCGAGAGUGUCACGCAAGCCGUAUGCGACCUUGCCCUGCGCUUUGGAGAGAGUGUGCACGACGAGGACGCUAUGAUGAGUCGGCCGUUUGGUGUUGCGCUCUUGAUCGCGGGGAUCGACGAGCUCGGGCCACAAUUGUUUCACACUGAUCCCUCUGGCACCUUUGUCCGGUAUGACGCUAAGGCGAUAGGGUCGGGUUCGGAAGCGGCGCAGAGCGAACUGCAAGACAAGUGGCACAAGCAAAUGACGCUGCAGGAAGCGCAGAUACUUGUCCUACGAGUAUUGAAGCAGGUCAUGGAGGAGAAGCUCGAUCACCACAAUGUGCAACUCGCGCAGGUCACACCGACGAGCGGUUUUGAAAUAUUGGACGAAGUAAAGCUAAAAGAGAUCAUUGACGUAAUGUAGAGACCCGGACGUGGAACCUUUGCUUCAAUCGCUGUACCAAUACGCAACUUUUGGCUGUAAGCUUUCGGGAGUCCACGCUUUUUGUGCCAAGCACCGCAGGAGAAGAAUCCCUGAAGCAAGCACUCUGAUGUUCGCACGAACCUUUCGCUCUUCAACAGUAUCCGAUGGCUUGUCUUGCUGGCCUUUGGGCGGAGAACGCUCUGACCUGAUUAUCACUGCAAUCUAG